ACUAAUGAGCCGUCCCUCUCUUUAAGAUAUUUUAUCAACUGACGUAUCACAAAAAUUGCAGCCACUCCUUUCCAUUACCCAAACUUCACCAACCAUAUACUUUUCGUCCUUAAACCAAAACCCUCCUCGUAUUAAAAAAAAUAGUUUAGAUUAUGCAACAUAGUCAUGGACUCACUUUAAGUUAGGUACCACUCAAAAAGCAAAACAAAAAAUUUGGUAGUGAAGGCUUACCUCAUUAUCACCAACAACCUUAAAUGCUAUUUAUAGUUAAAUUGAAGACAGACAACAAUUUUAUGAUCUUAACCGACCACUUAAGUUUCUUCCUCAUCCUUGUUUUACUAUGAAAACCCUCUGUCUUCCGCCGUUGCUUGCUCCCAGUGCCCUGGUUGGUGGCAGAGACUUUGCAAACAAUUUAACAACUAAGUGCUUUCCCAAGCAACUUCAUUUCAACUCUCGCUCGGUUGUUUUUGCUUCACACUUGUGUUAUGCAACUCUAUCUGUGGAAUCAGAAGCAGAAAAGAAACAAGUAUUUGAUGGAGAGAAGGCUUAUUUGCUUGUUAGAGAGCUCAGGAAGAAUUUUGAUACUGGCAAGACAAAGAGCUACGAAUGGCGGAUUUCCCAAUUGGAGGCCAUAGUGAAGAUGUUAGAAGAGAAAGAGAAGGAAAUUAUUGAUGCUCUUCAUACAGACCUUUCUAAACCUAGACUAGAAGCAUAUAUAACCGAGAUUGUCCAGGCGAAAUCAUCAUGUGAUGAAGCACUUCAAGAACUGAAACACUGGAUGAAACCUGAAAAGGUGAGUACUUCAAUCACAGCAUUUCCAUCAUCAGCAGAGAUUGUGUCAGAACCACUAGGAGUUGUGUUGAUCAUAUCAACAUGGAACUUUCCUAUGUUGUUAUCAUUGGAUCCAGUCAUUGGAGCCAUUUCCGCGGGCAACGCAGUGGUUUUGAAACCAUCAGAAGUUUCUCCUGCAACAUCAUCUCUGCUUGCAAAUUUGCUAGAAAGUUAUCUAGACAAUUCUGCAGUAAGAGUUGUCGAAGGGGCUGUUCCUGAAACAACUGCACUCCUGGACCAGAAGUGGGAUAAGAUACUUUACACAGGUAGUGCUAGAGUAGGUCGCAUUGUUAUGGCUGCUGCUGCGAAGCAUCUUACUCCAGUGAUUCUUGAGCUUGGAGGAAAGUGUCCAGCUGUUGUUGAUUCAAAUGUCAACUUACAAUUCACUGCGAGGAGGAUAAUAGCUGGCAAAUGGGCAUGCAAUAGUGGACAAACAUGCAUUUCUGUUGAUUAUAUCAUCACAACCAAAGACUUCGCUCCAACGCUUGUAGAUGCUUUAAAGGAAGAAUUGGAGCAGUUUUUUGGGAAAGAUCUGAUAGAAUCGAAAGACAUGUCUCGUAUUGUGUCUCCAACCCAAUAUGCACGACUCGUGAAACUCUUGGAUGAGGAUAAGGUAUCAGACAAAAUUGUUUUAGGAGGUCAGAGGGAUGAGAAGAAAUUAAAGAUUGCGCCAACUAUCUUAUUGGAUGUUCCACAAGAAGCUAUGGUUAUGCAAGAGGAGAUAUUUGGGCCGAUUUUGCCAAUUAUUACUGUAGACAGCAUUGAAGAUAGCUUUAGUAUAAUACAAUCAAGGCCAAAGCCUUUGGCUGCAUAUCUCUUCACAAACAAUGAGCAACUUAAGAAGGAUUAUGUGGACAAGAUAUCUUCUGGAGGGAUGCUCAUCAACGACGCUGUCAUACAUGUUGCAACUCGUGGUUUGCCUUUUGGAGGAGUUGGAGAAAGUGGAAUGGGCUGCUACCAUGGAAAGUUCUCUUUUGAUAGUUUCAGCCAUAAGAAAUCAGUUUUAUAUAAAACUUUUGAUUCCGAUCCAUCCAUAAGGUAUCCCCCAUAUACACCUGAGAAGGAAAAUAUUUUGAGGGCUAUUUUUGGUGGCAAUAUUUUUCAGAUAAUUCUUGCUUUGCUUGGAUGGUCUAAACGAUGAUGUGCAAGGAACAUGUAAAUGUAAUGAUCUUGCUCCUCUCAGUUUCUGAUCUCUGAUGGGGUGUGUUAUUCACAUGUGUCCUGCUCCUGCAUUUUUUUUGUAAGGUUGAGGACAAGAGGCCCAAUAAUUGUGAAUGAAUUUAGAAACAAUUACUUGUAAUUUUUUUUAAAGAACUUUACAAUAUAGUUACAUGUUUUUUUGUAUAAUCAAAAUUAGCUAAUGCAUCUUAAUAUUUUUUAUAA